AUGGAUUCUCGCAAAGUUGGUAUUCUUGGCGGUGGCCAGCUUGGCCGUAUGAUGGUCGAGGCUGCUCAUAGACUUAAUAUCCAUACUGUGGUCCUUGACGGUGAAGGAGCCCCUGCUAAACAGAUUAAUGCUCUUUCGGAUCAUGUCAAUGGUUCCUUUAAUGAUCCUGAAGCCAUUGCUGAGCUAUCGAACAAGGUUGAUGUUUUGACAAUCGAAAUUGAACAUGUCAAUGCCGACAUUUUAGAAGAUCUCGAAAAGAGCUCGUCUACCAAGGUUGAGAUCCACCCAUCUCCUCAGACUAUCAAGAUUAUUAAGGACAAAUAUCUGCAGAAAAAGCAUCUUAUUUCACACGGUAUUGCUACCGCUGAUGCUGAAUCUGUGGAAUCUACUCCUGAAUCUUUAGAAGCUGUGGGGAAGAAAUUCGGUUAUCCUUAUAUGCUCAAGUCAAGAACGGAUGCUUACGACGGCAGGGGAAAUUUUGUUGUUGACGAUGAAAGUAAGAUAAAAGAGGCUCUUGAAUUCUUACAUUCUCGUCCAUUGUAUGCUGAGAAAUGGGCUAAAUUUACUAAAGAGCUUGCUGUCAUGGUUGUUCGCAGUACUGAUGGAACAGUCCAUUCCUAUCCAACUGUAGAAACAGUUCAGAAGAACAACAUCUGCCACUUGGUAUAUGCACCUGCUAGAGUUCCAGAUACUAUCCAACUCAAAGCUAAGCUAGAAGCUGAGAAUGCAGUCAAGACGUUUACCGGUGCCGGAAUAUUUGGAGUUGAAAUGUUUUUGCUGGAAGAUGGUGAAAUCAUUGUCAAUGAAAUUGCUCCUCGCCCGCAUAAUUCUGGUCAUUACACUCAAGAUGCUUGUGUCACAUCACAAUUCGAAGCUCAUUUGAGAUCUAUUUUAGGACUUCCAUUACCCAAAGGUUUCUCAAAUUUGUCGACUCCAUCGACGAAUUCAAUCAUGCUCAACAUUCUCGGAGGUGAUGAGCCUAAUUCUGAGCUCGAAAUCUGCAAACGCGCUCUGGAAACUGCUGGUGCCAAUGUUCACUUGUACGGAAAGUCCACUAGACCUGGUCGUAAGAUGGGCCAUGUAAAUAUUGUUGCUGGAAGCAUGGCUGAGGCCGAAGCUCGUUUAGAACGCAUCAUGCAUGGCACUCCUAUCGAAAGCUUCCAGAAAUCGUCUGACCUAGCCGGUACAUCUGAAAACCCUCUUGUUAGCAUCAUCAUGGGAUCUGAUUCUGAUCUCCCUGUUAUGGCUGUGGGAGCAAAUAUUCUCAAGCAAUUCGGAGUGCCAUUCGAACUGAAAAUCGUUUCUGCUCACCGCACCCCUCAUCGCAUGUCAAAAUUUGCAGUUGAGGCGGCUUCCAGAGGUGUGAAGGCUAUCAUUGCUGGUGCCGGUGGUGCUGCCCACUUACCAGGUAUGGUUGCUGCAAUGACUUCACUUCCUGUUAUCGGUGUACCUGUGAAAGGCAGUGUUCUCGAUGGUGUGGAUUCACUGCACUCAAUUGUCCAAAUGCCUCGAGGUGUCCCUGUUGCUACUGUCGCUAUUAACAACUCGACGAAUGCGGCACUGCUCGCUAUCCGUAUCCUUGGUGCCUUCAUUCCUGAAUAUCACAACAAAAUGGAGAAGUACAUGGCUAACAUGGAGGAAGAAGUUCUUGCUAAAACACACAAAAUCGAAACCAAUGGAUAUGAGAACUAUAACAAAUAG